CUGGGGCCGAACCAGUGAGAUUUCAGGAAAUAACAACCUUUCAAGUCAGUCAUGUCAGAUAUUUUAUCAGUCAUGCUAUUUUAAGUUAUGACUUUCAGAGGUCAAGAUCAGCGAAUUACUCUGUACUUGCGGGACCAGUUGAUACUGGAGCAGCCCUAUACAGUACAGAGUUCACAUUCACGAUUUACAGUUUAUUUAAGCUUGUACAUCUCAAGAAGAGGUUAAGUUCAGUACCAGUGUUGACUAUCCCAGAUCCUUCUCGGAGUUUCACUACCUAUAGCGAUGCUUCGAGGCAGGGCUUGGGAUGUGUCCUUAUGCAGGACGGACGGGUCGUUGCGUAUGCUUCACGUCAGCUUAAGCCCCAUGAGCAGAACUAUCCUACGCACGACUUAGACCUACAGUACAUCUUUACGCAGAAGGAGCUUAAUAUGAGGCAGUGCCGUUGGCUCGAAUUGGUCAAAGAUUAUGAUUGUUCUAUUCAGUACCAUCCGGGGAAGGCGAACGGCGUCGCAGAUGCCCUAAGCCGAAAGGUUACGGGAGACUUGACGUACGUCAUUACGCAGCAGAGUCCAUUGAUGCAUGAGUUCGCCCGGAUGCAGCUUCAGGCGAUUGAUGCACUCCCCACAGCUGUCUCGGGGAGCACUAGUGCCAGUGUCAGUGCUAUGCAGCUUCAGCCGACACUGAGGGAGAGAAUCCGGCGAGAGCAGGCUUCUGACGAGUUUGUGCGUGUCAUGGAGGCCAAGGUUCGCGCCGGAAGAGUACAGGAUUUUCAACUAGGCGCCGAUGGUGCCUUAGAGUUCAGAGGCAGGAUCGUGGUCCCGAAGGCCGAGGCAUUGCGGAAGGAGAUUCUAUCAGAAGCACAUACAACACCUUACUUGGCCCAUCCCGGGAGCACGAAGAUGUACCACGACCUGAAGGGGUCGUUUUGGUGGAGAGGAGGACCGCCUAACCGUCAGGUGGAGUUUUCUAUCGAUCUCAUCCCAGGGGCCGGUCCAGUAUCCAAAGCCCCAUAUCGCAUGGCGCCUAAGGAGUUGCAGGAGCUGAAAACCCAAAUUCAGGAGCUGUUACGACUCGUUUUCAUCCGACCGAGC